CUUACCCUGACGUCAAUGCUAGCGAAACUACCAUGACUUCUGAGCUAGAGCUACGCAGAUUCAAUAUGCAAUCAAGUUUUAUGGGUUGCGGACCAAUGGCUGGCACUAGUAUAUCCCAUUGUGCUGGUGACAGGCAUCUCUGUUCCUUGUCCUUGCAGCACGGUUGGCUUUAUCCACUGCAAAGCUGUACUGUCCAUAAUGCCUACUCACACCACAUAUCAGAGCCUCCAUGGUCAGUAUGAAUCGCCUUCGUGUUCAUCCCAUAGGCUACCUGUACUUUCCUACCUCACACCUCUCAUCUCAACUACCACAUUUGCUCUCGUCAUCCUGGAAGCUUUCUAGCAGCAAUAUCAAACAUAUACCAACAUUUAUACAUGGAUGCCAUCGGAGCAAUUCUCAACCUGACAUCAUUGAUAGAGCUAGCAUAUAAAGUUACCGCCAAUCUGUCUAAAUACUACUCAGACGUCAAGGAGGCGGAGAACUCGCGUCAACGCUUCACUGAAGAGCUUCGUGCUGUCGUUCAGACAUUAGAAUCUCUGAAAGACCUUCACGAACGAUUGUUGCAGCAAUCUUCGACUGAGAACCGGAUGCGCUUGGCAGCUUUGGAUCCGAUUCUGCGAGAGAAUUCGGCUCAGACGAGCUUCUACAUGAGCCUGAAGGAUUUCAUGGAGUGGCUGGAGAAGAAAACCGCUACACAGAGUCGCAUGGGUCGCCGGGAGAAGUUGAGAUGGCCUCUAAAAGGCAAGAAGAAAAUCGAGAAGCUUAUGCCUUAGCUUCACCGGCACGAAGCACAAUUUAUGCUCGCGCUAACGAUCGCAUUCUGGCAAGUCAUGUGAACAUUUUUUUUUCCGGAUAUGAUUGUUAUUUAUAUGGUAUACUUAGGUAUACUGGUGCGGAUGUCGAGCACACUGUGGACCGGCUUGACAGCAAACUAAAUGGAAUGCAAGAUCGUCUCAGUUACAUUGAAUUGGCACAAAGCAACAUGUUGCCGCUGACUUCAUUACACAGAUCAGCCGAUCAGCGAGAGAAUGAAGAAUUAAUGAUAAACAUAUCCCAGGUUGAGGAUCAAAAAUGGACCCAAUCAUUAUACUCUUAUGAUGAUCACCACUCUAUGCUAUCAAGUGAACCUGAAAGGAGACCACGGCAACCGCGAUUCAAGUCUGAAUACUCCCAUCAAAAGGUUGAGGCCUCCGUUCAAGCCAGCGAACAUCUGCCGCCGUGCUCACACUCUUCAUACUUCUAUCUGGACGUGCGACACUGUAGGGUGGAACUGGGCCCAUUCCUAUUUUUUUUUCCUGGUAUCGGUGUGUGGUUGGCCGGGUGGCCUUGCUAGUAGGCUGUGACGCAAUGGUUGCACAGCGUCUUUGUAUCUGAACAUGUUGCAGGUCGGACUCUGUUUGACUCAAGAGCCGUGAUACUGAGAUUCGAAAUAGCAGAUAUACCCAAGACGCAUCGCAGUGAAAUGUGUACCUAGAAUUACUUAUAGACAUUAUAUACCUAGAUUUGGAUGCAGAAUGGGAUUGGAAUAUAAAUAAAUGCAC